CUCUGUCCCAGUGAGGACGUUAAUACCAAGAAGAAAAACUUGCCCCUAAAAUCGCAAGGAAUGAUUGAAGUUUGAUGCAUGUGCAAACCGUACUUCCUGUUGAGUUUUAGAGCAUUUGCUACGUCGUCAUUCCACGUUUUAGUCACGCACUUCACCAACGCACUUCACAAUUCCUGGUUCAGUCUGACGGUGAAAUGAGCACGUGCUUUCUUCGACGAUUUUGGUUUUCCUUAUGGUAAAACUAUAAAUAACCUACAUCAUCAAACUUAAGAACAGGUGCUCUCAAAGCUUCAACCAUGCAACUUAGGAGUAAAUGUAUAGUCCUGCCGUUGCUAGGACUCUGCAUUUUUGCAAGUCGAGGCUUCACGCUUCAGCACACAGCCACACUGAAAAGUUUCGACGAACUACGGAUCGAGUGCUCCCGGUAUCUUCCGCCAGUUGAUGCAUUGAACAACAUUAAGGACUGCUCCGAUCGAUGCCUGGGCCUAGUGGGACGCUUCUGGAAUGACUCCAUCAGCAGAACGGUGUACUCCGUGAACAGAUUCUACCAACCGGAUUCGUGCGACCAGGAUAACCUCGACCGAACCGAGCAGUGUCUGUGCGAAACGGUUCAGAGUCUGCCCCGGAAUGCCAGCUGUCAGCGGGCUAGCUGUAGUAUGCAGUGCUACCAGGAUCAGUUCGGUGAGUUGAUCAACCAGAAGCCUCAGUUCGUUCCGGUUUCGAAACUACGAAGCGCCCAGAUCAUGUCGGAUUGCGCUCAGGUGCUUCAGAUAUCGCAGGACACAGUGCGGCAGAUUUUGCACGAUGGCUACAACAAUACGUGCGAGGGUCGAUGCCUUGUCCGAUGCUAUCUGAUACGAGCAGGUCUGUACAGUGACCGUUGGGGACCGAAUAUUGCACGUUUCUCGGUGCAAUGCGAGGGAUAUGCUGACGAGUACGAGCGUUCGGUGACGGACUGCUACGCCGGAUUGAAGGCGCAACAGCUCGACAAGUGCACUCUGGCCGCCCGGUUCUACGACGAAUGUAUUCUGUCCAAUGAGUACAGCAACAGCAAUAUGGAUGUUAUAGCUGCCUUGGGAGGAAGUUUGUAGGGGUUGAUUUUAACAGCCGUUGAUGUAACUGGUUACCUUGUAACAAGCAUAGUUGCGGGACUCUCUGCAGCGGGAAUACCUUAAUAGAAACCUUAUUGCAAAAGUGUUAUUGAACUUUAUAAAAAUAAAAAAAAAUGCUGAGAGUUGUUUAUUUGCUUUAUUUGUUUUUUGGAGGGGCAAAAGUUGGGUCUUAGUAGAAUGAUCCUGAAAAACUAUAAGGUUACUAAACUAUCGGGUAUCGGUCGGAUUCGGGCUUGAAAAAAGUCGAGUUG